CCGUGCGGCGCUUGCAAGCGCUACGCGUAGACUGCGUAGCUUUAUAGUUAACCGUGCAUGAGAGUGAAUUUUUAGUGAAAAAUGUAAAGAUUUUUUUUUUUUUUUUAGUGAUGAAACGUAAUAAUGAAAUUAUUCGAAUGUAUAAAUAAUACAAGUGUUAGUGUGGGAAAGCAAAAAGUGAAGGUGAUCAAUGAUAAAAUAAUCGGAAUAGAAAUUAUAGAAAACGCGUAGAAUGUCCAGCUGACGGAUACCCGGUUUUUUUAAUACUAUAGUGGAACUGAAGAUUGCAGAGACGGUGGAAGGAUGUUGGGUGGCGUUGGAGGCCGACACGUGUCUACGCGCCGGCGGGGCAGCAGCCCCCUGGUGCGCGGAGGUGUGGGCCCGAUGCCCUAUGGAGCCCAAUUGCUCGCAGGGGAUGCGGGUGCUUGCCCUCCGGAUGGACCUAGAUACACACGCCGAAGACGGGCCGUCACUACCAGUGACCACAAGAGCUGCGCCCUUAUCCAGACCAGACUCAAGCUCGGCGACAUUAUGUUGGCAGCAGCACAAGAGGCGGCUCAAAGGGAUCCUGGAUUUACGAGUCAGUACCGCCGAAGGCAGAGGUUGGCCGGACUGAGUGGUCUCGGUGACUGGACUAACUUUGGAGGGGAGGUACCUGGUCUGGUCGUCAUGCCGCCAGGCCGGGAUCAGGGGGGCGGGGGUGGGGGCAACAGGAUCCCAUCGUCGUUGUUCAUAUUGAGCGAAGACAACUGUAUCAGAAAACAUACAAGGUUCAUAAUCGAGUGGCCACCCUUUGAAUACGCAGUUUUACUUACGAUCAUCGCUAACUGCGUGGUACUUGCUUUGGAGGAGCAUCUGCCCUGUCACGAUAAAACCAUCCUUGCUCAAAAAUUAGAAUCCACCGAGAUAUACUUUCUGGGUAUCUUCUGCGUCGAGGCGAGUCUUAAAAUAUUGGCACUUGGCUUUGUUCUUCAUCGUGGUUCAUAUCUUCGUAACGUCUGGAACAUCAUGGACUUCUUCGUUGUGGUUACUGGGUCAAUGACGGUGUUUGCCGAAACAAACGUGGAUGUGGACCUCCGUAUGCUGCGUUCGUUCAGGGUCCUCAGACCGCUAAAGCUGGUUUCAAAAAUUCCAAGCCUGCAAGUGGUGCUCAAAUCUAUCAUCAAGGCGAUGGCACCGUUGUUGCAGAUAGGCAUGUUGGUCUUGUUCGCCAUUAUUAUAUUUGCCAUCAUUGGUCUGGAAUUUUAUUCAGGCGCUUUGCACAAAACAUGCUACAGCAUAGAGGAUAUCAAUGUAAUAAUGAAAGAAGGAGACGCUGCUGUGCCGUGUAAUACAGACAACCAAACGGAGAGACCUUGGGGUGCUUACUCGUGUAACCCUAACACAUCUACUUGCAUGGACCACUGGGAUGGGCCAAACGAUGGGAUUACCAGCUUCGACAACAUCGGAUUUGCCAUGCUCACCGUCUUCCAGUGCAUCACUAUGGAGGGCUGGACUGCCAUAUUGUACUGGACAAACGACGCCCUCGGGAGUAUGUUCAACUGGAUUUACUUUAUUCCCUUGAUAGUUCUCGGCUCUUUCUUCAUGCUCAACUUAGUUCUUGGUGUUCUCAGUGGUGAGUUUGCAAAAGAGAGAGAGAAAGUGGAAAACCGUCAAACAUUCUUAAAACUGCGAAGACAGCAGCAACUAGAAAGAGAACUCAAUGGCUACGUAGAGUGGAUCUGCAAAGCAGAGGAAGUAAUUCUUGCCGAAGAAAGAACGACGGAAGAAGAGAAAAUGCACAUAAUUGAAGCGAGAAGAAGAGCUGCAGCAAAAAGAAAAAAAUUAAAAAACCUCGGAAAAAGCAAAAGCACCGACACAGAAGAGGAGGAGGGUGAUGAUGACCCUGAUGAUGUGCCUAAGAAAAAACUGAAAGGGUUUUCAAGAGCUUCCUACCUCAAAUCAAAGGUAAAAAACAAAGGUGCAUGUCUACAGUUCUGGCGAGUGGAAAAGAGGUUUCGUUUCUGGAUUCGUCAUACUGUUAAAACUCAGUGGUUUUACUGGUUUGUGAUCGUUCUUGUGUUCUUCAACACUGCGUGUGUGGCAGUGGAGCAUUAUAACCAGCCAGAUUGGCUCGAAUCGUUUCUAUUUUAUGCAGAGUACGUGUUCCUUGGUUUAUUCAUGAUGGAGAUGUUCAUAAAAAUGUAUGCACUCGGUCCACGUAUCUACUUUGAGUCGAGCUUCAAUCGAUUUGAUUGCGUCGUCAUCUCCGGAUCAAUAUUCGAGGUGAUCUGGUCUGCAGUUAAGUCGGGCUCUUUUGGCCUGUCCGUCCUGCGAGCUCUUCGGCUUCUACGAAUCUUCAAAGUCACCAAGUACUGGGCUAGCCUGAGAAACCUAGUAAUCUCCCUGCUCAACUCUAUGCGCAGCAUCAUUUCUCUCCUCUUCCUGCUCUUCCUCUUCAUACUGAUCUUCGCGCUGCUCGGCAUGCAGCUCUUCGGUGGUCAGUUUAAUUUUGACGAAGAAACACCUGCUACGAACUUCAACACAUUUCCUAUUGCGCUGCUUACUGUCUUCCAAAUAUUGACUGGUGAAGACUGGAACGAAGUGAUGUAUCACGGCAUCAAUUCUCAGGGUGGCCACAAAAAGGGAAUGAUGUAUUCCUUGUAUUUUAUAAUAUUAGUGUUGUUCGGUAACUACACACUGUUGAAUGUAUUCUUGGCUAUCGCCGUCGACAAUCUUGCCAAUGCUCAGGAACUAACUGCCGCUGAAGAAGAACAAGAGGAAGAAGACAAAGAGAAGCAGAUGCAAGAACUAGAGAAGGAGAUGGAGGCGUUACAAAUGGGAGCUGAUGGGACAGCACCCAAUAUGGAGAUAUGUCCACCAAGUCCUACACAAAAUUUCAAAAGCGGUAAAGGUAGAAAGCAGGCUUCUGAGGAGAAGAAAGAAGAUGCUGACGAGGACACGGGACCAAAACCAAUGCUGCCAUACUCCUCCAUGUUUAUAUUAUCCCCAACAAACCCCAUAAGGAGAGGUGCCCAUUGGGUGGUGAAUCUACGUUACUUCGACUUUUUCAUAAUGGUCGUGAUAACCCUGUCCAGCAUUGCAUUAGCCGCGGAAGACCCAGUGGUUGAAACAUCAACGCGAAACACAGUGUUGAACGGGCUCGAUCACGCGUUCACGGGAGUGUUUGCUGUAGAAAUGAUUUUAAAAAUAAUUGAUUUAGGUAUCAUAUUACAUCCGGGUGCGUAUCUACGAGAAUUCUGGAACAUUAUGGAUGCAGUUGUCGUGAUAUGUGCCGGGGUUUCGAUCGUCUUCGGUUUUAUAGACGACUCCUCGUCAUCGAUGGGCCAAAACUUGUCAACUAUUAAAUCUCUUCGUGUGCUGAGAGUAUUGAGGCCGCUUAAAACUAUUAAAAGAGUGCCCAAAUUAAAAGCAGUGUUCGACUGUGUUGUGAACAGUUUAAAGAAUGUUAUAAAUAUUCUCAUAGUGUACAUAUUGUUCCAAUUUAUUUUCGCUGUUAUCGCUGUACAGCUGUUCAAUGGAAAGUUUUUUUAUUGCAACGAUGAAAGCAAGUACACAAAAACGACAUGCCAGGGUCAAUAUUUCAAAUUUGAACCUGGAUCCCUUCUGCCUAUCGCGAAAAAGCGGGUGUGGGACACUCAAUGCUUUCAUUACGACAACGUAAUGGCGGCUAUGCUUACCUUAUUUGCGGUACAGACUGGGGAAGGCUGGCCGCAAGUUUUACAAAAUUCAAUGGCUGCCACACACGAGAAUGAGGGUCCUAUUCGAAAUUUUAGGAUUGAGAUGUCGAUUUUCUACAUAGUUUAUUUCAUAGUAUUUCCAUUCUUCUUCGUGAACAUCUUCGUGGCCUUAAUCAUCAUCACAUUCCAAGAGCAGGGUGAAGCCGAAUUACAGGAUGGUGAAAUAGAUAAAAAUCAGAAAUCGUGUAUUGACUACACGAUACAAGCGAGACCACUAGAAAGGUAUAUGCCAACGAAACGAAACAGUGUCAAGUACAAAAUUUGGAGGGUCGUGGUGUCAACGCCGUUUGAAUAUUUCAUUAUGAUUCUCAUCGUUCUCAACACCCUGCUGCUUAUGAUGAAGUAUCACGAGGCGCCGCCUAUUCUAGUGGACAGCCUGGCCAUCAUGAACCUGGUCUUCACCCUCCUUUUCUUCAUUGAGUGCAUCCUUAAACUCAUCGCCUUUGGAUUCAAGAAUUUCUUCAAAGAUCGAUGGAACAUUUUUGACUUCAUUACGGUGAUUGGAAGCAUCGUGGAUGCUCUCGUCAUCGAGUUCGGGAAACCGGUUAUCCGUGCAAUCAUUGACCUCUUAAAACUCAAGAUGGACCCGGAAAACUUCAUCAACGUCGGGUUUCUCAGGCUGUUUCGGGCGGCCAGAUUGAUCAAACUUCUACGACAGGGAUACACCAUACGAAUAUUACUGUGGACUUUCGUACAGUCGUUCAAGGCUUUACCAUACGUUUGCCUCCUGAUUGCCAUGCUGUUUUUCAUCUACGCGAUCAUCGGAAUGCAGGUGUUCGGUAACAUCAAACUGGAUCCUGAAUCAUCAAUCACAACCCACAACAAUUUCCAAAGCUUUGUUCAAGGUCUGAUGUUACUAUUCAGAUGCGCCACUGGCGAAGCAUGGCCGAGCAUAAUGUUAUCCUGUAAGAAGGGUAGUCCGUGCGCUACUCCACCGAAGAACCAAACCGGACCAGCGGAAACUUGCGGAUCAAAUUUAACAUUCGCCUACUUCGUCUCGUUCAUCUUCUUUUGCUCAUUUCUCAUGCUGAACUUGUUCGUUGCCGUCAUCAUGGACAACUUUGACUAUUUAACGAGAGACUCAUCCAUUUUGGGCGCCCAUCAUUUGGAUGAGUUUGUCAGGAUAUGGGCCGAAUACGAUCCCAACGCAACUGGAAAAAUACAUUACACUGAGAUGUACGACAUGUUGAAAAAUAUGGAUCCUCCUUUGGGGUUUGGUAAUAAAUGUCCCAACAGACUCGCAUAUAAGAAAUUAAUCAGAAUGAAUAUGCCGGUCGACGUCGAUGGGAAAGUCAACUUCACUACAACUCUGUUUGCACUGAUUCGUGAAAACUUGAGCAUUAAAAUGAGAACAGCCGAAGAAAUGGAUCGAGCUGACGACGAGCUCAGGGUGACCAUACAAAAUAUAUGGCCACUACAAGCGAAAAAGAUGCUGGAUCUUCUGAUACCACGGAAUGAAAAACUGCAUAAAGAUAAAUUAACUGUUGGUAAGAUAUAUGCAGCUCUGCUGAUCCUUGAAAGCUGGAGGACGACUAGGUUCGGUCGAAUAGAACCAACCGGACCACAGAAUGAUAACGAUCAUAUCGAUAACGAUAAUGCCGGGCAAAGUCCUGCAGCCCAGGCGGUACGUUCAACCUUCUUCAACUGUCUCCUGGAUAUGGCUGGUGUCAACCAUACCGGAGGAAAUAAUCACGCUGCACAACCUGGUGAUAGCCGGGCUAAUAGCUUAGAGCCCCCACCGCGACCCAGUGGGGAUUUGAGAGGAGAUCGCAGAGAGCUCAGAGAUGAAGACGAAGGGGCUCUAGGGGCUCUUGCUGCCGCCGAGCAAAGACGACAGCGUAGCAUCAGGAAUAAAAAGGUGAACUGGAUGGUGUCCCAUCCGUACGAUAAACUAGGCAGCAGCGGAGAGAGUAGCCAGGGAGGGGGUGGGAGUGGGGGUGUAGUUAACAACCUCGAUCGAGCUCCCGAGCUAGAACCGUUGUUAGCUGAGCCCUCUCAGGAGUUCCACCACGAUAACAACUACUACCGACCCUCGUACUACCAACACCAGAACACCACUUUCGUACCUCGCUCCUCAAUCCGUUACCUCAAGAUGGAGCUACAGGAUGUCGUAGUUAGCGAAUCUCGGGCUGGAAGCCUGGAGAGUUUAACGCAUCCUGGCGAAAGAUUACACCCUCAUCAUCCGACGUCUCAACAUAGACAUCAUUCCAGAUCGCCCAGCUUAAGGUGGAACUUCAACCUAUUUUCAUAUUGCCUGUAUUCUGUUGUACGUCUAAGUUUAUUCUGUAUGAAACAUUAUCUGAUCUGGUACAGAUCACCGUCACCCAGACGACACAGGUACGACCAUCGUGUUCAUCAUUAUCACGAGGGACCUGGGUUUAGUGAUACCGUUAGCAAUGUGGUUGAUAUCCAAAGGCAUACGCAGCAUCCACACGGAUCGCAGUAUAAUCAUCGGCACAAGAUGCGAGACUAUUACGACUUCUACAACUAUUACGACGAUGGUUCGUGGAGUGCUUCAACUAGUCCAGCACGAUCUCCUAGUCCCGUUCAUAGGAUGAGUCAUGGUCGACCUUACGGAACGACGAGUCUGGAACAACGAUCUCGAUCACCCAGUCCCGCAGGUGGUAGACAACCAGCGCACACGCACCACCCUCAUCAGCACAGCUAUCCGGUCCUCGUGACAAGAAGAGGUCGGGGUCGAAGAUUGCCACCUACUCCUAACAAACCAUCCACACUUCAGUUAAAACCCGCGAACAUCAAUUUUCCAAAACUAAAUGCUUCGCCUACCCACGGACCACACGUCACGCGUGUCUCGCAAAAUUCACACGCACCCCCUCCGACGAUACCAUUAGGCCACUGUCCAUUGAGCUUUGAACAAGCUGUGGCGAUGGGAAGAGGUGGAAGAUUGCUGCCGAGCCCAGUACCUAAUGGUUACAAACCGCCACCGUCUCAGCCAAAACAAAGAACACCAAGAUCUAGGCAUUCGGACAGUGACGAGGACGAUUGGUGCUAGCUAACAUGGAACCCUGGAUUGUCGAGUGAAGAACUGGACUUACCUAGGGAUUUGUCAGUUUGCGCGUAGUGUGAAUACUAUAAACUUCCAUGUCUAAAAACUGCUCCAUUCGCAGAAGACAUUGGACAAUUGACUGCUGAGCAAACUAUUGAAGAAAAGUUUUACGCAAUUUGAUGGUGACGAAUCAAAUUGUCCUAUAAAUACAAUUACAACAUUUCCAGUUUUCAUUUAUCCCAUUUUCCGUUGUGUUUCAAGUCACGCUGAGUGAAGAUAUUUCGGUGUAACUGCAAAAGUUUUAAUUUUUAUUUCAUUUAUUUUUUCUGUUUAAGCUUCCAGGAAGCAGACUUUAUGUAAAUUAAAAAAAAAAAGUGCUAAGAACUCUUAAAAAAUUCUUUAGAAUUAAUUCACUGAAGUCUGAUGUAUAAAAGAACGAACUGAUAAUUACACAAGACUUUGGAAAAUAUGUUGAGUAAAUUUUUCAUAUGAAGAUACAUCGUGCGACAGCGACCGGUGAGAUUCCAAGACAUUCAGAAAAAAAAAAACCUGCCAGAAUAGAUCAUUUAAAAAUUUGUACAGAACCGCAAUCUGAAUCUUCAUAUGCAAUACCAGCUUUAAAAAUAAGCCUUUUCAUCUUUUCAAUACAAUCCAUCUAGAAUUCAUAUAGUAAAUCGUUUUAUCAGGGUAUGAUUAUGUGACAAGAAUCGUGCUACCAAUGAACAUCCAUGCAUACAAUUUAAACAAGAAAUUUGAAAUGUUUUCGUUGCUUAACUUAGAGAAACAACGUUCAAUAAUAAAGAGGAUCAGAAUCGAUACAACAAUUAUAACGUUAUUUUUCUUGGACAUUCUCUAUAUGUGAUUAAAUUAUUGUUACGUUCAUUUUUUGCAUGAACUCUCCAUAGUUAUUUAUACGUCAGUUGUAAAUCCCAUUGAAUUUUGAUUUCUAUUUCAUUGUUAUCUAUAUGAUAUAAAAAAAAAAAAAAACAAAGAAGACAAUUUAAAUAAAGAGAAAAAAAAUAGCUAUAAUAAUCAACAACGGUGAUUAAAAAGUGUAUAACCAAAUUGGUUUAUUCUACGCUGCAUAUAUAGCGACAUUCUCAACCCGUCUUGAUGUGUUUAAUCACUUGUUAAGUUGGACUUCGUUAGUCAGUGCCAUUCCAUCAUGAAAGUCAAAAUACGCUGUGAGAUAUUGGAUAUUAAGCAUAUUGGUCUGCAGAGUGAUCAUAAUUAAAGGAAACCAAUGUGUGUGAAAUAAACAGGUUUCUAUUCGACACAUUUUUUUUAUAUUUUUAAUAUUAGUGCAAGUUAUAAGGUAUGUUCGAAGGCACACGAUAUGAUUUCAUUGUCAUUUAAUAUUUCAACUGGUUUUAAACAUGUCAUUAUAUUAAUUCAGUCAGAUUAGCCAAUUGUGAAAACAACGUAUACGCAUAGAAUAAUGAAGAGAAAAAAAAAACAAUUCUUGGUUUUUGGCUAAUUUCACAUACCAUUGAGACAUAACGCAUGGGUUGCGCUGGUGGAGAAAUACAACAAAAUGUACAAGUUUUUUCCAAUUUGAACACAUAAAAUCUAGUCAACGAAUAAAAUUAUCAUAUGAAUAUAUUCAAAAAAGAAAAACUAAAAAAAAAAAAAAAAACAAUAUUCUCAUGAAUCUCUGCACUUGUAAAAUAUUGCAUAUAAAUUAUUAAUACCACGUGCUACAUAUUGAUAAAAUAAAUAAUAAUAUCUCAUUUGUUUAUGAAAAGAAAAUAAUAAUAAAUAAUACCAAAAAUAAUAAUUGAAUUUAUCCUACCAGGAUAUUAACACGUUAUAUACUGCCAAUGGUACGAGGUGUUCGAGAAGAUAAUUUGGUACGAAAUGAGGAUAAUUGUCUCCGUGACAUAAGGAGUUAUAGUUUUCAGUAUUUCAUGCUUGCAUGGGGCAAAUGUGUAUGAAUAAUCGCGUAUUUGAGUAGUAUAUUGAAUAUGGUCAGGCUGACGCAACCACUGCGUUGUGUUAAGAGACUUUUGAAGACUGUAAUUAUGUAUUUAUACAUUGGUUCCAAUAUUUCGCUAUAUUGGAUAUACAAAUCGUAGAUUUUGCACCUUUUUUUAUCAAUAAACCUCAAUUUCUCAUCGCGUCAUUUAAAAUCUUUGAAUAUAAAGGUCGUCUAAAGACCCUAGUCGGUCGUUUGAAGCUGGAACUAUGAUUUCAUUUAUGAAAGUUAUUUCAUCUUUGUUACGUGUGAAAAGUCCUUCAAUAUCUCAAGUUUCAUCUACAACUGUGAUUGCAGGCAACACAUUGACUUUUAUGUCGUACUUUCACUAACUAGCUAGCCAGAAAGGUAGUAUCUUAAUUAAAUAGCCCCGCCUCAAUUAUCAAUUUAAAUCUAUUGAAUUGUUUUAUUGGCACGGCUUUAUAAUUUUCUCCACAAACUAUAUGCUCCGCUCUUCAUUUGUCUGUAAGUACCAAGAUUUACUGAUAAAAAAAAAUUAGAAAAAAUGAAACAAAAAUGAAAAACAGAACUUGAUGUUUUUAGCGUAUGGGUUUAUUCAUAACAAAAAAAUGCAAAUUCUGCAGGUCGCGUUAUCGUCAAACUAUGCACCCCUGCAGACAGCGCAAGUAUUCAAUUACGUUUCUUGUAUACUUAUACAUGUAAAAUGUGAAGAAAGCGAAAACAUCAAAUUGCAGAAUAGAGAAACGUAUCUGGAAGCUCAGGCGCUGUAUGGCCGCAAGGGUAUUGAUUUCGACGAAUGUUUCCGUUUGAAAAAUCACCAUGAUUUUCACUGGAUUAUUCGAGGAUCCAAAUCCUUUCAUAGAUGAGUAUCCCAAUUUCAAUGAGCAAAAUUACGAUAAUACAAACUCAAUACAUGUCUACAUGUUUUAUCUUACGAUCAUAUUGAAAAAUCAAAUACUGUUUAGAAGCCUCUUAAUUUUAUCACGCCGAUUGAAAACCGCGUGAUUUCUUCCCGUAAGUGCUUUUACCAAUUCAAUCAUACUCUGUAUGUCCCAUAAUGUUGCUAAUAAGAGUAAAAGUAAAAGAAAAAAAAAAUAUAAAAAAUUCGUUCAUUUCUCAUCAAAUAUCGUGGAUGUACUCAACAGAACUUCAUCCAAUAACUUGGAAAGAAAUAAUGAAAAGAAAAGAAAAGAAAAGAAAAGAAAAGAAAAGAAGAAAAUAUAAGAUUAAAUAUUAUUACAAUGUUUUUCUGUGAUAAAUCCAAAUCUUAGUACAAGGGGUCGUGCCCCUUGAAUCGCAAUUGGACGAUUAAACCUCGAAGUGUUUGUAACAAUAUUAAAAAGAAAUUAAAUAAUUUAAUCUUUACCUAGUCUUAUGCAAGCAGAUGACCAAGACUUUAACGAUGAACUAACGUUAAAACUAAUAAAUUAAUUAAUAAAACAAAAGAAAAGACUCUUGUAGGUGAUUAAGAGUGUAAUAAACUGCUGUAGGCAGGAGUGCGUAUGUAAAAAGUAUCUAAAGUGAAAACUUUUAGCACAUACUUGAAUAAUUAAUAAAGUAAAAACGUAGCUGUUUCUAUACCAUACUAUUGAUACAUAGCAUGUCGCCAUUUUCUUAUAUGAAAAUUCGUACUCGCAAAGUAUAUAAAUAUUGAAUUAUACAGGUAUCUGAAAAUUACAGAUUCUCAAGUCCACUUUCUUCAAGUUACAUCACACGAUUGAUAAGUUUUUAUUCACACGUUUUUACAUUAUCGUAGUUAUGAAGUGAUUGAUAUUUCAUUUCUUUUUUUAUCAUUUCUCCACGUAUUCAAGUAACAUUUUAAUGUGCACAUUGAAGUUUAAAAACGUGUACAUACAUAUUUCGUUGCCGGAUAUAUGUAUAUAAAUUUCUUGCUUUUAUGCUACCAUAAGUGUACAUUAUGUAUCUGACCAUGUAAAUAGAGCUUUUGUGAUAAUGAUAAUAAUAUAUGUUAUUCAUGUUAUUCACGGACUCGAAAUUCUGUAACUUUUAUAUAUCAAUUAAAAUAACUAAUAUUAAAUACCAAAUUACCGUUAAUACAUCAGACUGCUCCCGUGCAUUUUUUGCGUCACCAUAUGUUUAUUGUGUCUCUCAACAAAAAACGAAAAAAAAAACCAAAAAAAAAUUGUUCAAGUUUAAUUAUUAUCCUGAUUAUUACAGUUCUUAUGAAAUCAUUAAAGUUAUAUAAAUAUAUUAUUAUUAAAUGACAUAAUUAUAUACAUACACGUACUAUGAAAAUACUGUAAUAUACACAAUCACACACAACUCAAGAGAAAAAAAAAAUAAAAAAAAAAACAUGAAUUAUACAAAUUAUAAAUAUUAAUAAUGAUAAUGUAAAAGUAAAAUAGAUAUAUAUAUACGAAAAUUAAAAUGUAACAUUAUAAUAUAUAUAUUACAUAUAUAUUAUUCUAAUGAUGCGAUCGAUUUCAAUUUUAAUUAUUUUCACCGCAAGUUAUAUAUACUAGGUGUCGUAACAUGGGAAAAUUAUUUGAAUACGUGAAACCGAUUGCACAAGAAGAGCAAAACAAAAACAAAAAAACCCAAAAAAAUAACAAAAAAAAAAACAGCAAAGUAUUCGCGCAGCUAGCAACUCUCUCGACUUGUUCAAAAUGCCCAUUGAUUAGUGAGAGAAAAAAAUCUUUAAUAAAAUUAAUUAACCUAUACAUAUAUAUAUAUACAUAUAUAUAUACAUCAUACGAUUUCAUUACUUGCAUUUAAUAAAGACACAUAAAUAUUACAAUUAAGAGUUUUUCUACUUAUCUAUAUAUGGUCAAAAAAAAAUAAAUGAAAAUAAAUAAUAAUAAUCAUAACAAAAAUAAAUGAAUAAUAAAUAAUAAUAAUAAUGAAAUGAAUAAUAGUAAUAUUAAAUAAAUGAAUAUGAAAACGUAUUAUAUUAAUUAACGCCCUGUCGAUAAUAAUCACAUUCGUCACUGAUCGGUCAUGCUCUGAGGCUCGGGAGCCCAAUAGUGUACAUCUUAUUAAUUCCUAGCACAUUUUUCUAUAAUAAAAUCAUUUUUUUUCUGCAUGAAUGCAUCAAGUUAUCGAUUACAUACAGUUGCAUAAUUUGUGUAUAGUACAUUACAACAUAUUUGAUUUUAUCUAUGAAUCUAUAUAGUGCUGGAGAAUCAAUGAAUAAUAUUAUAUGAUUAAAAUCACAUAUAUAUGAAUGUUGAAAUUUUUACCAAGCAUAACUGUUGAAUUCUGAAUCGUUAUUCAUCAUCAAUAUAAUUAUGUGAAUUCAAUUGUGCAACUCAAAAAUCCUAAGCAAUAAUGCCACGACGGUUAUUUCGAUACGUACAUAUAUGAAUCUAUAAAUAUAUAUAAUAUACUUUUGUUUGUUUUACUGUUAUUUUACUUCUUUUUUUUACAUCUCUUUUCUAUUUUUGGAGCAUGAUAUUUUGAUCGUUAUACUUAUGAACAUUAUAUAAUACUUGUAAUAGCAAUUCAUCAAUUUCUAAUACAUCCGGUUUGUUCAGCAUUUCAAGGUACCGAGCUUCUCAGGCUUGCUGAAACUAAACUUUCAUAGAAAAUUACUCUCUCUAUUUAAAGAUUAAAGUAAAUGAAAGAAAGAAGAAAAAAAAAGUAUCCUAUAUGAUGAAUCAUUAAAUUUGUAACAAAAGUUGCCUUAAUAACUAACACUCGUAAUCGUGGUUUGCGAAACUCUUGUCUUAAAAUACGAUAAUAUUUCUUUCGUUUCAUACACAAAUGUUGUACAGUUGGACAUAGUUGAAUUUGACAAAAAAAAUAUAUACGUAUACACACAUGAAUAGAUAUUGUAUAUUUAAGGACAUGCAAUUGCAGUCAACGCUGCUGAUAGAAAGUCAUUCGAAAAAAUUAAGCAGAUAAAAUGUAUGUACCAAAGGGCAAUGAAAUUUGAUAGCAAAUCAUGUUCGGUUGAAAGUAUAAUUCCUUUGAAAUUUCAAUCAAUAUUUAUCAUUUAUUCUACCAAACUCAAUCCUUGGGGAAAAAUUUUGUAAAUAUACUCGCGACGGGCAUAUUUAAUAAUGAACUCAUGUAAAUGGAAGAAUUUAUUUAUAAUAAAUAUAUAUAUAUAUAUAAACAUAUAUAUAUUUAUGUUAUCGACUGGCGCAAGCGUAUCGAGAAUUGAAAACUAUGUCAGCUUUUAUUCUAAUCAAUUCAAAUAUGUAUUGUUAAUAUAUCGUGAUCCGCAACAAUAUAUAUAGAUUUCUCGAACAUUCCAGGUAUGGUAUAUAAAUAACGAAGAGCAUGUUGAAACUUUUAAUAUUUAAAACGUAUUAUGAAUUCCGAAAAAUAUAAUAUAUGUAACAUAAAGUAUAGAUGAAUAAUAAUAACAAUAUACUAUCGUCCAACUGUAAAUAAAACGGAAAUAUAUACUUCAGACAUAUAUUAAUUACGUAUUCGAAAAUAAAAACAAAAUUAAAAAACCAAAACGAAAAAAAAAUUAUAACAGCAGUAAAGUACAAGAAAUCAAAAAGCUGAUUCAUAAGAAUUAAAACUAUUGAGAGAAAAAAACACAAAAACCAAAGAGAAAUGAACGAGCGAUGGCUAGCUGUGUCCUGUGAGAGGCUGCGAUUCGUUGUAGUCCGUUGUUACAACAUUAAAAAAAAACCAUGGAAAGCUUUAACUUUGAAUAAACUAACUUUAACGGUAUAAAGUAAUGUAUUGAAUAUGAAAAUAUGAAUUAUGAAAAAUAAUGUUGUGUGAGUGGAGGCUUAGCUGAAUGCUGUAGGAUGCUUUUCCCUAUAGAUAAUUUAUAUUUAGUUUGUACUUAUUACGAAUAAAGCUAUGAGAAAUCAUUAAAAGCGUUACCGAUACACAUUAUAAUAAGAAAUACAAAUACAUCAGCGAAUGAAAAAAUAUUUAUAAAUUAUAUUGAAGAGAAAAGUAAAUGAAACUUCUUAUGAUAUUGUUUAUGAAUAAAAAAAAUGAACAAGAAAAUAAAUAAAAUAACACAAACUCUUGCUUGCGAAGGUAUAUUGUGUAAAUCAGAGAUAUUCCUUCGAUUUUCGUUCAACUUUCUAUGUCCGUACACGCGGUCAAGAAUAAAAGGGAGAAAACUCGCGUAAGCGAAUAUUUGCAAUAUCGUUGGAUUGUAGUUUAUUUCUAAUAGUACAAUACAGUAAUCUUCUUUCUUCUCCGUCUUUGAUUUUCCAAAGAUUUUUUUGUCUUCACUAGCUGUGGAAUAAGUCUUGCACGCAUAUUGAUCUAGUAAUCAUGCCGGAGAUGUUGACUUUAUACUCGUAGAAUUCCAAGUACAUUUCUACCAUUAAAUUUUAUCUAACGGAUAAGACCUAAAUGACUGCUCAAAAUAUUACGUGAAGAACCCGUACUCUGCAUUUAGACAAAACAGGAAUUUAAAUCUCUCUGGGUCGGAUGUGAUUUUUUAAAUUUCCAUAAUCGUUUUGAGUCGUUUCGUACCCUGCAGCACCCUGCUCGGCCUCGUAUCAUUAUAAACUUAUUGUAUAUGACUUAUUAUAUAUGUAUAUGAAAAAAAAACCAAAAACGAAAAAAAAACAAACUUGUUUUCUCAACAAAAAGAAAAAGAUAAAAAAAAUUGUACCUUUAUAUAAACACGUAUUUAUGUUACAGUGAGAAGCGGAAUUUGGUAAAUGUCGAGAUAUGUAGCAAGCUAAAUGAAGAAUGUCGUUAUUUUGAUGUAUACAGAGUGUCCCAUUCUAAGUGAACCAUUUGGAUCAAAAUGGUUCACUUGUAAUGGGACACCCGGUAUAUAUUAUUUAUAUAUAUAUAUUCAUGAUAUAUAUAAAGUUGAUGCAUUAUUCUAAAUUUGCAAAGAUAAUUAGUUGAAUUUUUUCUACCAAAAUGAUAAACAUCAUUGUGUGCCUCUUAAAGGUGCAGAAUUUAACGCUUUAUCUAUCUUUUUUUUGUACAUACUUAUCGCUGAAUAUUCAGCCACAUUAGACUUUUGUAUCUGGCGGUUUACUAAAUUUCAGAUAUUUACUGUAGCAUAUAUCCAUCGACUACUACCUUAAAGUUAAAACUAUUCUAAGGACGCAUCUGCCACAGUACAUGACAUGCGCACGAACUUAAUCUUACCACGAAAGCAAGAAAAGUAAGAAAGAAAUAUAAGGCAUAAAACAAUGCGUUGUAUUAUUAUACAUAGUAAUGAAAAAGAUACCUACUUAUACAUAAAUAUUAUAAUACUAGUUCAAUUUGCAAACUUAGUGUGUAUUGUCGCUUAGAAAAAGCCCAAUCAUUAUUCGCCAGGAUCCAACCCAAAACCGAUUUCCAAGUUCAUUCUUUUUUCAAGGAGAAACAAUAAAUAAUGUACUUAAGUAUA